AUGACAAAUCCUGACGCGACGACGCCGCGCGUGGCUACGCAAGUCGCGGUCGCAGCGGCCGGCGCUGCUUUGGCCUACUACGUGGGCGCCCGCGCCAAGACUGCGAAACGCGCUGCAGCUCAACGUCGUGCCAAGGCAGUGGCCGAAGCCCUGGCGACAGUGCUGCCCACGGACGUGGCGCACCAUAAACUAACGUCGGUGGUCGUGCGCGUACCGGCUACAACCGCCAACAUGGGCCCUGGCUUCGACACGAUCGGAAUGGCUCUGGAUAUAUGGACGGAGAUCUCGGUCGAAGUUGCAGCGCCGCUGGCGGGUGACGCGUCGAACUUGCGCCGCGUGACGCUCACGAACGAGGGCGAAGGCGCCAGCGAGUUGCCCAGAGACGAGACAAAUCUCGUGAUUGUGGGACUGAAAGCUGCUUUCCGGGCCGCAGGUGAAGAGAUGCCGCGCCAUGUCAAAGUCCACUGCAAGAACCGCAUCCCUUUUGCCCGUGGGCUGGGCAGCAGCUCGGCUGGCAUUGUGGGCGGCAUCAUUGCUGGACUCGCGUUAGCUGGCAUGCGCUUGCCAGUGCAAGGGCGGGAAGAGCUGCUGCAAAUUGCAUCAGAGAUUGAGGGACACCCGGACAAUGUCGCUCCUGCGAUCUAUGGCGGUCUGCAGCUCGGUAUCUUUGCUGACAACCGCUGGUACUCCUCGCGUGUGCAGAUCCCAGACGGGCUGCAGUGUGUCGUGUUUAUUCCCGACACGACGGGUCCCACGAGCGUGGCACGUGCUAUUUUACCGCCGAAUGUGUCGCGCCAGGACGCCGUGUUCAACAUUGGUCGCACGGCCAUUUUCGUGAAUGCGUUCCGAUCCGGCAACCUCGAUGAGCUGCGUUUCGCCACGCAAGACAUGCUGCACCAGCCGCAGCGUGGUGCCGCGCAGUAUCCGCAUCUCGAGCCGCUCAUUAACGCUGCACUCGGAGCUGGUGCGCACGGCUGCUUCCUCAGUGGUGCUGGCCCUACCGUCCUGGCCAUAACCAGCGGCCGUGCUGGUGACAUUUUCACGCAGCAGCUGGCUGAGCGUCAGGAGAAUAAGGUCGCGAACGCCAUGCGGGAGGCUGCUGCUGCCAUGGGCGUCUCCGGGUGUGUGUUCAUCACGAACCCGGACCAUCGUGGCGCCUUUAUUGUUCGUGCGGAGCCGCGCUUCUCGAACCACUCCGUCGCGCGCUACGAAGGUGACAUCGCCGACUUGUAA